GAGCUUGUUUUCCCGGUUAAUGUCGCGAUGGCUGGCGGGCUGCGGCAGGAGCGCUAGAAUGUCGGAAAUAACGGUGGAAUCUUCCUGACUGUAGUGCCUGGUUUACAACAACUUCGUCCAGUUAUGGAAGCUGCAGCCUCCCCUAGGAGGCCCAGCAGCAACGAUGCCUUGGCCUUGCGGCUGCUGCGGACGAACACAUGGAGCUGCUACUGUGGACUGCCCUUGUGGGGGUUCACUCCUACAAGACUGAAGGAGAUAAUGCGGAGCAUGCUGUCGGACCUUCCAGACAGCGAGGGGCGAAAACCACGCCUCUUGUGUCGGCCAUGCAACGUGGCCAGCGAUCAUGGAAGGCAGGGUGAGGAGGCGUUCUUCUGCGUGGCAGCCUCGGCGUCGCAGAAGCCCCACGCCGCCGGACUGGUGCACUGCGGCGAGGACGUAUCGCUAGUGUUGCUGUCGGGGUCACCAGGCGCACGGUCUCUUAUGGCCAGUCAGCUGGGUGAAUGCUUCGGAGCCACCCUGAUGGCAUUGCAGCUGGCACCCUGGCAGCUGUCCCUGGUCAUGCUGUGGGGCUGCAACUGCAUCGACACAGACGGAACGUCGCAGUGCUGUCUGCAACUGAACAUGGACGGCAUCACAUUGGGCUUCAGUGGUGCGCAGGUGCUUGGCCAUCUGCCGCGCUCGACGGGCCUCACAUUCAACGAGGGAAGGAACCUACUGCUUGCUUUCUGCAAGACCGCAUCGAAGCAAGUGCUGCCCUUGAACUACCAGGAACUACCCCUGCGGCGUGUGCACUUUGUGAACCUGUUCUCUCUGGAUAACGAGGGGACAAUGAACGUGCACAAGACUACCCUGGUGCCCGAGCUCUUCGAUGUGCUCCUCUCUUUCGUAAAGAACUCGGUGUUGGGCAUCCCACCUCCCGACCUUGAGGAAGAGUAGCAGCUCGUUGAGACCGAAGCAAGGUAAUGGCACGAGAGCUCUCGGUGGACAUUAGUGAAUCGGUGCACAUCCACUGGGCCGGGUCGACCAUCACGAAAGCACGAGCAUCCUUCCGAACUACUUGUGUGCACGUUCCUUUGCCAGUGACUUUCACGACAGACGUGUUCAGUUGGGCCCACCCGUCAGGGUUGCGGGAUGCUCGCCCACUCGGUCGGCCAUUCCUGCCCCAUUUGAAACAGUGCCAUCAUACGAAGUGCAUUAAGCGUGUUUAGUUAGCUUUUUUUCCCUAUGCUCAGCCGUAAUGGAAUGCCUGACAAGCUUUCCAGGAUGCGCAAAGGUGCAAAUGUGCAUCGUUGCUGCAGGACAUGUCAGGUUCACUGACUACCCUAUCAUUCACGGAAUGACGUUUAUGUAGGCUGCGUCACAAAGCUAAGGCCGAAACACUCACUGGCCCAUUUACUCAUUAGAAGAGAGCCAGGACUUAGCGUGACAAACUUAAGAAAAGUUAAUGAGAGAAAAGUACGAAAGGGGUGAACUUUGUGCAGUAUUCAGAUAAAUAUUGCCAAGAAUAUUUUGCACAAAUUAAAAGGUAUAAACACCUUACACAAGUGUCAAACACAGCCUUGCCACUUUUUAGCAUGCGAUGCCAUCAUGGCUUCAAGUAGGAAAAAAAGCUGGCUUCCUCAACUAAACAACCAUAUUUGUUAUGAAGCUCCUGUCUCACUAGAUCUUGCAAAUGAGAUAUUUUUAAUUUUUUAUGCCAUUGACAUUCAAAAAUAAAAUUUCAGCCAGGCUCUGUUCCUUCAUCACAUUCAGGCCACUGGGCAGGCCAAAUUCUUGCCACAUUUUUAGGUGUUCUGGCUACUGUCAUUGCAGUUUCGUAUUUAACUUUUCUAAUGAACUGUGGUGCUUGCAUUGCGUAUUCUGCCACCUCGAUGCAAUGUUGUAUAGUAAGAAAGACCUUUGUGGCUUCACUGUGAAAAGAUGGGUCCUUUAGAUGUUUUAUGGAUUUCUUAGGUUUUGUUUUGAAAGAUGCCUGCUGUGCAUUACAAAGGAACACGGUGCUGAACUUGCUUCAGCCGUGACACAUCCUUAUUCUUUUAUGUCAUCGUCAUCAUCACAGCUUUGCAUUCCCAUCACAUCCAUGUCUUCGCUUCCCUUCUAUGAAAUCUAGCAUGCACGCUAUUUUAAGCUGACCCCUGUGUCUUCUGUAAAAUAAAUUUUCUCUUGGACACAACAGUUUUCUUACUCUGCCAUUUACUCACUUGCAUUUACUUAUGUUAAAUCACUGUUAUUAGUGAUUCUCAGUCAUUCUACGGUAGCGAGUGAGUGCCCUUGAAUUGUUUUAUUACUUGUGCCAACAGUUUACGAGGUGUAGGCUCUGCAAAGAAGCUGAAUUUUCUAGGCCAACUACAUGGUCUUCUAUGCAAACAGAUAUUGCUGGCCCUGAAUUGAUAGCUGUGUGUGCAGUCACCUCACAAACAUCAGAGUGUUUUUUUCUUGAAUUCCAGGUUUUUCCAAACCCACUGCCUCUUGCAUCUGCAUUUUUCACAUCAUGCGUUUUUAGCCCAAACAAAUCGCCAUGUUUACGUAUUGACCUGUCACUGUUCUGUAGAGAAGAGGAAAAGUCAUAGCACAGAUGCCUUAACUAAAUCAUAUCAUACAUCAUGUGUUUUUUAGCAUGAAGUAAUCACCAUGUGUAUGUAUUGGCCCAUCACUGUUGUGCAGAAAACAGUAAGAGUCACAGCACAAAUGCUUUAACUAAAUCAUAUCAUGCAUCAUGCGUUUUUUUAGCACAAAUAAAUCUCCCUGUUUUUGUAUUGACCUGUUACUAUUGUGCAAGGAAGUAGAGUUGUUUCUUUACAACAUACAUAUUUGCCAUUUCUUAGAAUAAUCUUGUGCGUUUUAUUUCUACCUGCCUCGUCAUCUACAGAGCAUGCAGUGUUCAAAAAUUUUUUUUUAUAUAAAGCCCUAUCAGGCAUUUUGAAUGGUAGCCAAAAAGUAUCUAAUUGAUUAAACUUAAUUAACUAUAGAUUGUUGAUGUCACACUUGCAGUCAAUGUUUACUGUACCAGAAGCUAGACAACAGUACUCUCCAAAAGCAAGUUUGCUCCAGUAAACUUUUCUACGAGGGUGGUCUGCAAAAGAUAAUUCAUUCCCACAUUUCACUGCCAUUUCACUGCCACUGCAAAGGAAUCCAAGGCAAUAAAUUGAAACUUCU